UGGACUGUCCAGUUUGUGGAGUAGCCAUUAAGCAGAGGAACAUCAAUCUCCAUCUUGACCAGUGUCUAAACAGGAGUGAAAAAAAGGAGGCUCUCAGAAGUUCUAAGCCUCAGAAAAGGAAACAAAUGGCAAAACUGGUGUAUAACUUGAUGUCAGACAAAGACAUCAGAAAGAAAUUAAAAGAUAUAGGGCUACCAUCACAGGGAGACAGGCAGACACUAAUUAAGAGGCAUCACGAGUUCACAAUGCUAUAUAACUCACAGUGCGACUCACUGAACCCAAAGUCAGCUCAGGAGAUUAUUAAAGACAUGGAAAGACACGAACGUACCAAAAGCAAACUUGCCCUAACAGCAAGCACACAAACUAGACUGGCCUUUGAAAAGGGAGACUCUGCAGAAAAUGUGGAAAAAGCUCAAAAGGAGUAUGUCAAGAAACAUAAAUCUCAGUUUGAUGAUCUCAUUGCCAAGGCCAAGGCUAACAUGAAAAAGAAGAAAGCUGAAAAAGAAGCCUCAUCAGCCAGUCGUACUGUUACAACUAGCAAUGUACCUGAAGGGACAUCAUCAACAAUAACAAGUAAUGACACACUAGAUGCAGAUUCUUUGACCUCCAUGACCUCUAUGACCUCUGUGACCUUCAUGACCUCUGUGACCUCCAUGACAUCUGCAACCUCCAUCACUACUGCCACUCCUGCAACAAGUGAUUCAUUGUCACAUGGACAUCAGUAUUCAGAUAAGGAUGUAAAGGGAACAAAAAUAUCAUUUGUGAAAGGAAUUAAAAAGACAAAAGAUUCAGAUUUGUCUACUGAUGCAACUGUGACAAAGACAAACUCAUUACUAGCACAAGAGGAAAAGGAAAAUGUGCUUAAAAUUGGAAAAGUGGAAGAUUUUAAUAGUUCAAGGACAUCUAAUAUCCUUGAUGGUUCAAUAACUCCACCUCUCAUUGACUCAGACCCAGAAGAAGAAAUUGAUGGAGACGAGGACAGAACCCUUGGAUUUGACCCCAAUGUCAGUGUCAAUAGCAACCGUGUUUCUGGUGGUGAAAACCCAAGUGCACCCCUUGCCACUGGUGUUGUAGACCCUAAUGCACCCCUUGCCAUUGGUGGUGUGGACCCCACUGGCAGCUGUCCAUCAAAUCCAAGUCCUGCUGCCAGUAGCACGGAUGAUUUGAUUGACAAUAUCGUGAAUAGUCCUCCUGUUACAAAUGUGGACUACAUUGAUAUGCUGGUGAAUGGCAAUGUUGAUGUUGGCCAAGUUGAUGACAGUAUUGAUAAUUUAUCCAGAUCUCCAAUUUUGCAUGGGGAAGGCUCUCCUGUGUUUGAGAGCAUAGAACGAAGUGGUGAUGGAGAUGGUGUGAAGGAUUGUCUUGACAGCUCUCCCAUAUUUGAAGGAAACAAUGCUAUAAAAUUCAAAGAUCAUGCUUGCGGAAAAGGUAAUGCGGAAACAAGUGCAAGUGAACUGAUUGGAGCCAAGUCUAAUGUUGAAAAUGAAAACUUUGAAUCAGGUUCUGGUGUAUUUGAAAGAAAUUUUGUUUCAGAAACAAACCUUGGUCAGAAUCAAGAUCUCCAGCUUAGAACAGAGAGUAGGAAUACAGAUUUGAAAGAUGGACAUCCUGAUAAUGACAUGAAUAUUAAUUCUCAUGAUGUACACCAGAAAGAUGAGGAAUUUGGAAACUUUAAUCUCCUAGACUCGAGUCCUUUUUUCCAGUCACUUGGAGGAUCUGACAAUAAUAGUAACACUUUGAAAAAUACUGUAAGAGGAGACAAACAGGAAAGAAACAUGGAUGACAUAAGCCUCUCUGGUACCAGUGAUAAUUCUAACCAGUCGGAGUCAUUGCUUCCAUCUUCUUACAUCCAAUCUGCACAGCCUGAGCAGGAUUUAUGGGUCAGCCAGGGAUCAAGGUCAUCUACUGGGUCAAGGUCAUCUGCAGGGUCAAGGUCAUCUAAGACAUCAAAGACUUCUGUUGAAGUUGAUUCAACAUUUCAAUCUGCAGUCACUGAGGAAACUGUUAGAAGGUCAAAGAGGGGGAGAAAACAAUCUGUAGACACACACCCUGAUUCUGCCAAGUCGACAGGGAGAAGAGGAAAGAGAAAGCAGCCCGCAGUGCCUGAGCUUAGUCCAGAACCAAAUCAAACAAGAAAACUGAGAAAAAGGACAAAAUGAACCCAUCCAGGAUUUGCACCUAAAAAAUCUUCCAAGGCUAAUGAAAUUCUCAAGUGUUUAACAUGAUCAAGUUGUCUUUCCAUUUCAGUGAGAGUAGAGUUCAUUUUGCAUUUGUUGUCAACAUGAGGUAUAUUUUACCAAAAAGUGCAAGUU